AUGUCUGGCAGUAACAAUAAUGUUUGUGAUUUAAAAUUGGAAUUGGGUAAUGGGACGGAAAGACUCGACCGUUGGUAUUUUGAUUCUUCAGUUCGAAAAUGCCGUCGGUUUUGGUAUACAGGUCUAAAAGGAAAUAGAAAUAAUUUCCUUUCACGUGAACAUUGUCAACAAAUAUGUGAAGAUAAUACAAAUAUUUUAAUACCUGAUGAUAUUUUACAACAACAGGGGCAAAUUAAUGGAAAAUGGUUACCAAAAAUUUUAUUUUCUAAAAAAAGAAAUUUUUGUUUGCGAGGAGAGCCUUUAAUUAAUUCUUUUGAUGGAAAUUUAAUAAAAUGUGGAAGAGAAGAAAAAGAAGGGGAAAAUGAUAAAGAGGAUGGAGAAGAUAUUGAGAAUAAUAAUAAUUGCCCUAAUACCCAUUAUUGCCAUAUUGGGAAUUCUAUUGAAGAGAGUGGUUGUUGCCUUAAAUCUGGAAUUGAUCAUUGUCUUCUUCCAUUAAAUAGAGGAGUAAAUACUGGACAAUGGCAAGUUCGUUGGCAUUUUAAUGUUGCAACUGGUAAUUGUGAAGUAUUUGAUUAUGCCGGGAUUAGAGGAAAUGAAAAUAAUUUUCUUUCAAAAAAACAAUGCGAAAAAUCUUGUAUUGAGAAUAAAAAAAAUAAAAAGCUUUGUCCACAUGGGGAACCUAAAUUAGAAAGUAAUGGAAGAACUUUAGAACAUAAACAGUGUGGAUUAAAUUCUUCUGUUAAUACAGACUGUGGAGAGGGAUUUUUGUGUCAUUUAAACACUGAAGGGGAAAUUGGGAUUUGUUGUGAGGACCCAUCUUAUUUUUGUCUUCAACCAAGAGACCCAGGGCAUUGUAAUGAAAACCAAAUCCGUUAUGGCUAUAAUCCAAUGACUGAUACUUGUGUUAGUUAUAGGUAUAGCGGCUGUGGUGGAACUCUAAAUAAAUUUGAGACUUUUAAGAAUUGUAAAGAAAUUUGUUGUAGACAAUAUAUAAAAAAGAAUAAAAUUAGGUGA